AUGACAGCUCCCAAAGCCGGGGACGGGGAGGCCACGCUGCCUUCCACAAUCCCAUUCUGGCGCUUGAUAUUCGACCAAAAGGUUGUUACUGAAGAAAUCUUUCGGUUCACAUAUGCAGGCUCGGGCACCGUGGAUGAUCCCCAUGCCGUGGUCUGGAUUCCAGCUGAUCCCCGCAAUCCCAUGAACUUUCGACCAAUGAAGAAAUGGGCCAUCACCAUUCUGGUCUCCUUUGUCACCCUGGCGGUGUCAUUAGUGUCAUCUGCCUUUUCGGGUGGAAUGGCGCAGAUGAUGGAAGAGUUCGGCGUCGUUGAGGAGGUCGUGAUUCUGGGUGUAUCACUCUUCGUGCUUGGUUUUGCCAUUGGACCCCUGAUCUGGGCACCUCUCAGCGAGAUAUUUGGUCGUCGGCAUAUCUUCACUAUCUCCUUCAUGUUCCUGACAGCAUUCAACGCAGGCACCUGCGGUGCACAGAACAUCCAAACCCUGAUCGUGUUACGUUUCCUAGCUGGCUCUUUUGGCUCCUCGCCCUUUGGAAACGCAGGCGGUACUAUCGCGGACAUGUUUCCUGCCUCUCAGCGUGGUAUUGCAAUUAGUCUUUUCGCCGCAGCACCGUUUUUGGGACCAACGCUUGGCCCUGUCAUUGGUGGCUUCCUUGCUACUGGUGCUGGUUGGAGAUGGGUAGAGGGAUUUCUCGCUGCUUUCUCCGGGCUGCUCUGGAUUUGCAUUAUUUUCUUGCUACCAGAGACUUAUGCGCCAGUCCUUUUGCGCCGUCGCGCAGAGAAAUUGUCAGCUUUGACUGGUAAAGUAUACCGCAGUCAACUUGAUAUCGAUCGCGGCCCUAUUCCCAUGGGCAAGACAUUGAAGACCGCACUCUCGCGCCCAUGGAUACUCCUCUUCCGCGAGCCAAUCGUUCUCCUUUUCUCCAUCUACAUGUCCAUUAUCUACGGCACACUCUACAUGCUCUUCGCCGCAUACCCGAUCGUCUUCCAAGAAGUUCGCGGCUGGAGCGAAGGUAUAGGCGGUCUCGCCUUCUUAGGCAUCCUCGUCGGUAUGGUGAUAGCAGUAGGCUACACCUUCCCAGAAAAUUUCCGCUACGCCAAAAAAUGUCGCGAGACCACCGACCGAUUAGCCCCCGAGCUUCGCCUCCCCCAGCUAUGCAUCCACUGGAUGGCCUCUGUAGCAGCAGGCGCGCCCUUUGGUUUCGGCAUGGUUCUCGUCUUCCUUAGUGUCUUCAAUUACCUCAUUGAUUCAUACACGAUCUUCGCUGCGUCCGUGUUAGCCGCGAACUCCGCCCUCCGCUCGCUCUUCGGCAUGGCCUUCCCCCUCUUCACUACCUACAUGUACCAGAAUCUAGGUAUUCACUGGGCGUCAUCAAUUCCAGCAUUCCUAUCGCUUGCAUGCGUGCCUUUCCCAUUCAUAUUCUACAAGUACGGUGCCCGCAUCAGACAACGGUGUACCUACGCAGCCGAGGCCGAUGCAUUCAUGCGCCGGCUUGCUGAGAAGAACCACGUCCGCGAAGAGCCCAAGACGGAUGAGAAGACGGGUGCGGAUCGGGUUUCUGUCGAUAUAGAGAGUGACAGUGACACCGAUACCUUGUCUACUGUUCCUUCGCGAGGAACAAUCGCGCGCCAUGCCUCCCGUGCAUCGCGUGCGUCUCGCCAAUCCGGUCGCUCUAUGCAUCGCACUGCAACUGCGACGCAGUACGAGGAGAAUCCGUAUGACCUGGAUUUGGUCAAUACUCGCCAGUCGGCAAUUAGCCGCAAGGACUGA